AUGAAACGCAAUAUGGAGGACAAGAACACAGUUGCUGAUAUAGCGCUAGAGAAGUUUUUGUUCAAUUACAGAAACACACCUAAUACGACUUACGGGCAUUCCACCCACCAAAUUAAUGUUCAAUCCAUUAUUUCUCCGAAUAGGAUCAUUAACUCAGGGGAUAAAGUAUGGUUCAAAGUAUUUGGCGAAAACAAAUGGGAUAAAGGUACUAUCAAACGAAAGUAUAGCGACCUUUUAUAUGAAGUGGACACAGGAGGAUUUCUUGAAGGGAAAGGAUGCUGUCAGUACAUCAACACCGUCUUAUUCGAUUAUUGCCAAGACCGGUUCGAGCAUCAAAAAAACCCGAGAGAUAUGAAUGAAGCUAAUAAUCUAGAAAAUGAUCCUCACUACACUCAAGAGGAGGAAGAUGGAGUAGGAGAUUAUGGUGUUUCAUUAUUACAUUUUGAUUUUAAAAAAAAUAAAGACGAAGAAGAGACUCAAUCAUCUUCAUCUAGCAGCUCAGUCUCUCAUUGUCAAGAGAUAUUUAUGAAAGGCAAAGAUCAUUUCAAAAAUCAUGAUAUAGAGGCCGAGACUGGUUGGAGUAUAGUGAAAUACUUGUGUAAUCCAAGUGAUAAAUUUGGACAAACGGGAUUCAGAAAUUGGAAAAAUGCGUUAGCUGCCAAGAAGGGACUGCUAAAACACGAGAGCUCAAAAGCUCAUUUAAAAUCAAUUACAAUAUGGCAUGAUAAAAAUCAAAAUAUAAACAAAGGUACAGAAAUAACUAAAAUGUUGGGAGGUGAUCAAAUUAAUCGUAAUCAAUAUUAUAUUAAAUCAAUAUUUGAUUUGAUGCUAUUUCUUAGCAUACAAGAGCUACCUUUCCGUGGGACUGGUUCAACAAAUAUUACGGAUGCUACAAAAGAUGAAAACAUAAUUUAUUCUUCUGAGAUAUUUAUAGCAAUGUUUUCCUACACCAUUCAAAAAGACCCUGAAUUAAAUAAAAUUAUGAAAUUUAUACCCCAAAAUGCCCAGUUUACAUCACCACAGAUUCAAAACGAAGUAAUAUCCAUUAUGACAGAUAUGACCGAUAAAGAUAAAAACUUUAACAAUAAAAAUAGAAACGACAACAAUAAUUAUUUUAGACCUGAUAAUAAUUUUAGAAAUAAUUAUGAUAAUAGAAAUAGAAAUGGGAAUUACAAUAAUAAUUUUAGAUACAAUGAUAGGAAUUACGGUAAUAAUAAUUCGAGAUACCACGAUAAUUAUAACAACUAUAACUAUAAUAACUAUCGCUAUAACAAUAAUAAUCAAUCUAAUUAUGGUAGAAAUAAUACAUGGUAUGAUAAUAAUCAAAGAAAACAGAUCGAAUACGGUGAUGGAAAUCGUAACAAUUACCAAUCUUAUUACAACAAUUCAAAUAAUUAUAGAGGUACCUUAAACAGACAUUUGAUAAAACAUAAAAUUUAUACUUCUAAUAAUGAAAAUAUCUCAAAAACACAAUCUACUCUUAAUUUAAAUAUGCCCUCCACAAGUACAAAAUCACUUUCUUCAAUACCAUUGGAUAAAUUCCAAACAGAUCAUAUGAACCAACUCAUAAUAAAAUGGAACAUGGAUGCUAUAGCAGAAGUACUUUUUUUGAAUUACAAACAAUUUAAAGGGGUUUUCUUUACUGAGUGUGAAAAAGAAGACCUUAAAGAGGCUGUAGAUUUUCUAAGGCCCUUCUAUAAAACCACACUUGAUUUAUCAGGAUCCAAAUAUCCUACAGUUGGGAUUUCCAUGUAUAUGGAGAAUAUAAAUAAUGAAAUUUUAAAUAAUAUAAAAAAGGAUAAUAACAAUACAAGAAAAGAAAUUCUUAAUAACAUGCGGGUUAAAAUGCAGAAAUAUCUCAAAGAAUUAUUUUGCUAUGAUUCAUAUGUCUCCUCAACAUUAUUCGAUCCGAGAUUAAAACAAGUUUAA